AUGAACUCCAACAGUAUGGUCGCUACUCCUGCGUCUCGCGGCGGCGGUACCGAGCGGGGCAAGGCUCUGGGCCACAGCAAGCGUCGCUUUUCCCUCGGUGUUCUUGCUUUCACGACAUUCCUCUACCUACUGAUUGCCUUUUCCACCAUGGUUUCUGCCACGAACUGCUGCGUAAUCUACGGGCAAUGCCAGCCAUCAACUCAGUGCACGGUCAACAACUGCUCAUGCCAGCACGCCCGCAGGUCAGAGAUGAUCCGUGCCAUCCCUGGACAGGGUGGCCAUUCCUUUGCCGGUGAUGCUCGCACUGAUGCCAAACGGACGAAGAGCACUGCACCCAACCAACCUGUUCUACGCUCUGAGGUCAUCGAGAAGGACAACUAG